AUGGAGAGCGACGGCAAGAAAAAUCAAAAUAUUUGCAGGUGUCUCUUCGAUGAUUACGAAUGGAUGAGGGAGAACUCACAACCAUUGCACACUACAACGCUGCCCAUCCAAUGUACACUCGAAUCACUGCGUUCAUGGUUUGUUCGCGAUUUGUCAUUAAUGAUGGAAUGGGGCAAAUGUUUACCCAUCAUGGAUCGGUUACUUCUUAACGAUAAGCUGGCGUUGAUGAAGGCGUUCGCUCCUAUAUUCCCGUUGCUUCAAUUAGCAUACUAUACAACAUCACCGGAAGAUAAUGACAUAGUAAUAAAGCAAGAGCCAGACUGUGAGCAAGUAACAAUCGACCGGCUUAAUUUAUCCGAUGGUACAUUCAUUGAAAAGGUCAACGACAUCAACCAUACCGAAGAGAUGUACACGAUCUUGAUUGAAGGAUGUUUCAAGCUCAUGCGGCGUCUACAGAUCAAACAACAUCAUAUCGUACUGUACAAAAUGCUUUUACUUCAUAAUCCGGAUGCUGAAGGCUUGUCAUCGACUGGCAAGAAAACUAUCGAAGCCGAGCGCCUACGCCUGCUGAGCCAAUUAUUCCUCUGGAUCAGUAACGAACGUGGCAAAGCGUCACAACUGUUGUUCUCAAAUCUUUUAAUGAUGACGGCUACAUUGAAUGUAAGUUCCUAUUAUCUCGAACUUCAGUUUCGUGCGCAAAAAAAAGCUGGGUAUCAAACCAUACGAUGA